GGAGGGAGAUCCGAGCAGCGGCGGCAAGCGCGAGCAGGCGACUGAGAAGGAAAGUGACCAUGGAAGACCUGGGGGAGAACACCACUGUCUUGUCUACCCUGAGAUCUCUGAAUAACUUCAUUUCUCAGCGAGUGGAGGGAGGAUCCGGUCUGGAUGUGUCCACCUCUGCCCCAGGUUCUUUGCAGAUGCAGUACCAGCAGAGCAUGCAGUUGGAGGAAAGAGCAGAGCAGAUCCGUUCGAAGUCCUACCUCAUCCAGGUGGAGCGGGAGAAGAUGCAGAUGGAGCUGAGUCACAAGAGGGCUCGAGUGGAGCUGGAGCGGGCAGCCAACACCAACGCCAGGAACUAUGAGCGUGAGGUUGACCGCAACCAGGAGCUCUUGGCGCGUAUUCGGCAGCUUCAGGAGCGGGAGGCUGAGGCCGAGGAGAAGAUGCAAGAGCAACUGGAGCGCCAUAAGCUGUGCAAACAGAGCCUGGACGCUGCCAGCCAGCAGUUGCGGGAAAAGGAAGAUGGCCUGGCCACAGCCAGCGAGACCAUCAAUGUGUUAAAGGGUCGUGUCUCAGAGCUGCAAUGGAGUUUGAUGGACCAGGAGGUGCAGGUGAAGCGGUUGGAGUCUGAGAAGCAGGAGCUGAAGGAGCAGCUUGAACUGCAGCUCAGGAAAUGUCAGGAAGUUAAUCAGAAAAUUCAGGAACUUCAGGCUAGCCAAGAAGCAAGAACAGACCAAGAACAGAAGAUUAAGGACCUGGAGCAGAAACUGUGCCUGCAGGAGCAGGAUGCUGCCGUGGUGCGGAGCAUGAAGUCUGAGCUGCUGCGGCUUCCCAGGAUGGAGCGGGAGCUAAAGCGGCUGCGGGAGGACAAUGCACACCUGCGGGAGAUGAGGGAGACCAACGGGUUGCUCACAGAGGAGCUGGAGGGACUUCAGAGGAGGCUGGGCCGCCAGGAGAAGAUGCAGGAAACUCUGGUUGACUUAGAACUGGAGAAGGAGAGGCUGCUGGCGAAGCUGCAAAGCUGGGAGAAUCUGGACCACACCAUGGGCUUGGACCUCAGGACUCCAGAGGACCUCUCCAGAUUUGUCGUUGAGCUGCAACAGCGAGAACUUGCCCUGAAGGAGAAGAACAGUGCCAUUGCCAGCAGUGCCCGGGGACUGGAGAAGGCCCAGCAGCAGCUCCAGGAGGAGGUCCGGCAAGUCAGUAGCCAGCUGCUAGAGGAGAGGAAGAAGCGGGAGACCCAUGAGGCACUGGCCCGGAGGCUCCAGAAGCGUGUUCUAUUGCUGACCAAGGAGCGGGAUGGCAUGCGUGCCAUCCUGGGGUCCUAUGACAGUGAGAUGACCCAGGCUGAGUACUCACCCCAGCUGACACGGCGCGUGCGGGAGGCUGAAGACAUGGUGCAGAAGGUGCAUGCUCACAGUACGGAGAUGGAGGCUCAGUUGACGCAGGCUCUGGAGGAACUGGGAGGCCAGAAACAGAGAGCUGACAUGUUGGAGAUGGAGCUGAAGAUGCUAAAGUCCCAGCCAGGCUCUGCUGAGUUGAGCUUCCCGUUCUGCAGAGAGGAGGUGGACACACUCAGGUUGAAGGUGGAGGAGCUGGAGGGGGAGCGGAGUCGCCUGGAGCAAGAGAAGAAGAUGCUGGAGCUUCAGCUGGAGAGGUGCACCCUGCAGGGUGACUACGACCAGAGCAGAACCAAAGUGCUGCACAUGAGCAUGAACCCCACCAGCGCGGCCAAGAAGCGUCUGCGCGAAGACCGGGACCAGCUGGAGGAGGAGUGUGAGCGUCUUCGGGGGCUCGUGCGUGCUCUGGAGAGAGGGGGCCCCAUCCCCGCUGACCUGGAGGCCAGCAGCAGCCUGCCUUCAUCGAAGGAGGUGGCAGAGCUGCGGAAACAGGUGGAGAGCGCCGAGCUGAAGAACCAGCGGCUCAAGGAGGUUUUCCAGACCAAGAUCCAGGAGUUCCGCAAGGUCUGCUACACGCUGACGGGCUACCAGAUAGAUGUCACCACAGAGAGUCAGUACCGACUCACCUCCCAGUAUGCGGAACACAAGACAGACUGCCUCAUCUUCAAGGCCACGGGACCCUCGGGCUCCAAGAUGCAGCUGCUGGAGACCGAGUUCUCGCGCUCUGUGCCGGAGCUCAUCGAGCUGCACCUGCUCCGCCAGGACAGCAUCCCGGCCUUCCUCAGCUCCCUCACCCUCGACCUCUUCAGCCGCCAGACCGCAGCCUAGCCCGCCGCCUGACCGCAGCCAGUGCUGGCCGGCAUGGCGCCCCAAGCCCCAAGCCCCGGGCCAGACCGUGAUGUACGGCGUGCCUGGGCCUCCAGCUCUGCCUCACACCCCUGACAGCAGUGAUGAAGUAACCAGGAAGGUGCUGGCCCUGCCCUGCCUCCUCUGUCACAGCACCUGCCCGGAGAGGACAGUGUCUACCCAGGUCCCCAUCUCCCUCCUGCCACUGCACCCUGCUCUAGAGUCAGGCCUGAGGGAGCUGCUCGGUGGCACCUCCGUACCCUCUCCUCAGAUGUCCUCACACCAGCCACCUGACCCCGAUGCUGUGCUGUUCAGAGUCCUAUCUGUCCUGGAGCCUGGCCAUUGGCCUGAAGCAAGGAGCCCAAUUUGUCACCUUGUGAAAUAAA